AUGCGUGUGAUACUCUUCUUAAUCGUCUUUUGUGCAUUAGUUAAUGGUGAUUGUACUUUUCGUCCUAACGAUUCAAAGGUUCUUCAAGACAAAAUAAAACAAUGGAAAAUAUAUAAUAAAAUUCUGAUAAAAAAUACGUCAACAGCAGCGUACCAAAUUGGAAUUUGUUUAGCACCUAGCAAUUCUAAUAUUUCUGGAGCUAUUAUACAAAAAGAAAACAAUGAUAGUUAUGCUCUCGGACAAUUAAAUGAAGCUAAUAUUGUUCAAGGAGCUAAUUGGAUACUUCUGACAUAUGAAAAUGGUCAUCGAUAUGUCAAUCAAUGUAAUAAUAAUACGCGUUCAGCUUCAAUUUUGUUUAUUUGUGGACAAAAUACAGAUAAUAUUACAGUAGUUCAAGAACAUACAACUAAAGAUCAACAUUGUAAUUAUCUGUUUGAAGUUCAAAUCCCUGAAAUGUGUCCGGUUGUUCCACAAGAGAAAAAAAGCAUGAGUGGUGGUGCCAUAUUUCUCAUCACUAUUUUUUGUUUAGCUUGUGCUUAUUUAAUUGGUGGCUUUUUCUAUAUGCGUAUAAUACGUGGUGCUCGUGGUGUUGAUCAAAUUCCAAAUCUCGAAAUGUGGCGUAAAUUAGGUCAUUUAGCUGCUGAUGGAUGUGAUUUUUGUUGUCGUUGUAAUGGAAAUACACCAAGACCAGGAUAUUAUUUUGAUGAAACAGGACCAGAUACACGCGGUGACGAUGAUAUUCUUUCUCCAUAA